AUGUCAAAUACGGAUAAUUCGAAGACAACAUCAACAACUACAGAAAACAAAUUAGAUGAUCUUGUAUCACAACUUCGACAAACAAUUAAUAAAAGUGAUUGGCUUAUACAUAAUACUUCAGCUAAAUGGGAACAAGAAAAUCCUGACUUAGCUAAACAAUGGCGUGAAGCUAUAAAAAUUAAUCAACCUAAUGACUCAACCGAACAAUAA